AAUGUCCCCGGGAGUUUCCGAAAUCCACACUCGGUGACUUCAGCUGAACAAUGGUUAACAUGAGCGAUCAGCCAUCUCUACAAAAACACACACAGACGCUGAAUCAGAAACAGCCGAGGAAAAGAAACAAUAAAAAGAAAAGGAGUUAUUGGGACAAAAUAUCGCCAACAACUCACAUUCAAACUUGAUUGACAAGAGACACUUUAUAAGGUCUGGUGUGCUAGGAGUGGGAGCGUGUCGUAUUGUGUCUGUGGAUAGCGACUGAUUGGUGCGAUGACUGCGGAGUGGCUGUACCCCCCUGGCGUGGGGCCGCUGUGUGGUGCAGAGUUGGAGGCGUGGUAUGAGGACCUACAGGAUAUACUGGGCUCCGACACGGGCGGGGCCAAACUUACAAGAGCCCCGCCUUCUUCAGAGAAGGAGCCCGAGUUUUUGGAUGUUUUGGAGAGCUGUUCGCUCACCUGGUUGACUGAAGGGCAGGUAUGGGGCGAUGGGGUGCAACGGGUCACCGAAGAUCCGCCCGUUCACCAAUCGCCGCCAAGGCAAGAAGAACGAACCGCGGAGAACACCUCAUCCGGAGAUCUCCUCCCGCCGGAGUUUUUCGAACUCCUCAGCGAAGGUGGUGUUGGUGACACCAUGGUAAACGGAGGCGCUGGGUAUCACCUGCAUGCACCUCCAUCUCCAGCCGCCAGCGAAGAGGAGGAGCUCCCGACGGUUCCCGACACAUCAUCCUGUUCCUCAGCGUCCCGUUCGCCUUCUCUAAACUGCUCCCCACCGGCGUCUCCACCCGUCUCCUCCUCACGCAAAAGAAAACGCGGCGGCGCACUUUGCUCUGCGUCCCCUGGGAAAAAGAGCCGCAGAGAGCGCGAACAGGAGAAUGAAAGGAAAGUGCAGGAGCUGACGGAUCAAAACGAGCGGCUGAAAGCCGAGAUCGAGCGACUGGGUGAGGAGGUGCAGAGGACGCGGCGGGCGCUCAUCGAAAGACUGGUCAACACCCGCAGGUGAAGGAGCAACAGGAGGACAAGUAGAGAAGAAGGGGACGCCAACAAUCGGAGGAAAUUCUUCUUGUGGAGAGCGUGAAAUGCACAUUUAGAGGGAGAUAAAAGACACGUGGGAUUGAGGGGGGGAGAAAGGGAGGUUUAGUGAAUGUCUCCCACCGAGAGAAAGAGAAAGUCAGAUUAAGCCGUAGAAAAGAAAGAAUGUGGAGCUCAACGGAAAGCGCAGGCCGGUCAAAACUCAGCCCACCACGCAUGACCACCUGAAUUAAAUAUUGAAAAUAAUAAUAAUAAUAAUAAUAAUAAUAAUAAUUGAUUUAGUUUAUGCUGAAAUUAGUGUAGCUCAAAACUAAUACUGCUGUUUAAAUGUUAUAAUGAAAUUCCAAAUAACUAAUGAUGGCUGCAACAUCAAAUGGCAAAUAAAAUACAAACUUGAUUUUUAAGAUGGAAUUUAAAUGAUUUCAA